GAGAGAGAGAGAGGGGAGCGAAGAAGCGGCUACCCGCGGUUUUCCGCAAAGCACCUCAGUCUCAGACACCAUGAACGGUCCCAGCGCUUCUCCACCGAGGCCACAACAGGAGCCCAAUGCGGUUGUGCAUCAACGCACAUAUCAGGCCUGUAUACCUUGUCGCCAGAGAAAGGUCCGCUGCGAUUUGGGUUCGGUCGAUAACCCUCACGAUCCACCAUGCACCAGAUGUCGUCGCGAGGCCAAAGAGUGCUACUUCUCGGCGACGCGUCGGAAGAAGAAAGCGCAGAGUGAAGAGCACGGUUCAGAUGCGGGCGAUGCGAGCGUCUACGAAGUUCGCCAGAACCGAAAGCGACCACGAACGUCCGCGCCAGCAGCCUCCCUCGAUGGACGCAAUGAAGAAGACGAGUAUGAAGAGCCUCCCCGUACACCGGGUGGGUCCAUUGGACGUACAGCACCACUCCGUAGGCCCGCUGCGCCGAAACACAUCGAGUAUGGAGAUGAGGACGUCAAGGCCGCCCAACACACCGCUCGAAUACUGCAACAAGCUGAAGUACAUGGCGGGCACGAUGCGCUCAAAGUCUUGUAUCAAGCGGCUGUACACGGCAGAAGCGACAGUAUGACCAGCAACAGCGUACGCCCCGCAUUCGCUUCGGGUAUCACCUCCAAUAGCCUGCCACCUAUAAGUAGUCCAGAUGGGCUCACCAGGAGUGAAAGCUACACGAGCUACAACAAUGGACCCCUAGGUGCCGUGACGAGCCGAGAUGGUACUUGGAAAACUCCCACAGACCAGCCUUCGCCUUCGAGCAACAGUAUCCUGGCUGCAACCUCCUACGAACGCGAAGCCCUCGCACUCGCCAUGAAAGCAUGGUCUCGCUUCCGCUUUGUCCGAGCUGGCUGGUUCACUGCCAAAGAGGGCAUUGACUAUAUCCUGUACUUCUACAAGCAUCUAUCGCCACUGACUCCUGUCGCGCUGCCGGAUUUCCAACAUCCCACCACACACAAGACUUUGCUGGAAGAAGAGCCGAUGCUGGCCAUCACAAUGCUACUGAUCGCCUCGCGCCACAUGAAGCUCGAUGGACCGGGUUCCCUGAGUCGGCCUAAUGCUAUUCACCAUAAGCUAUGGCAGUACCUAUCUGGUAUGAUCGAUCGAGUCGUAUGGGGCCAGGAGCAGUUUGGAGGUGGCUUUUGCGGAGCUGGAGGCCCAGGGGCUCAGCCAUGCUCUGAUGUGAAUCCGCUGACCCGCAAAGGCUUGCGAACUCUGGGUUCAGUAGAAUCCCUGGUUCUGCUGACGGAGUGGCAUCCUCGUGCUAUGCAUUUUCCGCCAGAUGAGGAUGAUGACGAUCUGAUGAUUCCUGACGAAGCUUGGGUGCCGCAGAUGAAUGUUGAGGAUGGUGUUCCUCGAGGAAUUGGAGGGCAUCGUAUGGACGCUUGGCUGGAGCCUUGCUGGCGUAGUGAUCGCAUGUGCUGGAUGCUGUUGGGCAUGGCCAUGUCACUAGCCAUGGAAAUCGGUGUCUUCGACUCGAGCGAAUGGCAGCGUCAUGCCACUGGACCCAAUGGUCAGCCACUAUCCGCAGGCCAGCUCUCCGAGUACGACCGGCGGCGCGGUAAUGUUCGCAACCUGCUUCUCGUGUACGUGACUCAAACCAGUGGACGUCUUGGCUUGACAUCGAUGCUUCCCGGGUAUUACAGUAAACCAGAGGACAGCGAUCUCUUUCGUCGACAGCUGGGCCAACAAGACAGUGUGCAUGAGACGACCUUCCACUUCUGGCUUCGCAUGGCGGCAUUGAUGCGUGAAGGCAACAACAAGAUUUUUGCCAAUAAGACUUUCACUCGCGAUCUCAUUCGCAAUGGCAACUACAAGGCUGCCUUGGACCAAUUUGCAGGUCCCAUGAACCAAUGGAGGACUGAGUUUGACGAAGCACGCUCAAUUCCUAAGCAUAUGCGAGCGAUUCUCGAAAUCGAAUACGAGUACUGUCGCUGUUACUUGAAUGCGCUAUCACUCCAGGCCGUCGCAGAGCGAUGUGCCAAUGAACAUCCAUCACCAGAGCAAGUUCUCGAUCCACCUCUAGAAAUGGCUCGGUCUGCCAUCGAAGCUGAUGGAAACAAGUCAGAAAUUGCAAUAGCGCCUACGACUCUGUCCAAAUGGCUUGGAGGUGAUCGACAGUACGUGCUGAAUGUGGGAGAUGCUGCUCGCAAGCUGCUCAAGGUUGUCGUCGAUGACCUCUAUCCCGAUGAGGCCCUACGACAUGCUCCUGUACGCACAUAUUUUCGCAUCAUCAGCGUCGCCAUCAUGUUACUGAAGUCCUUUGCACUGGGGGCUACCGAAAGCGACAUCACAGAGUCGCUUAAGCUCAUGGAUCGCACUGUGGAAGCGUUGCGAACUUGCAUAGUGGAUGAUGUUCAUGUCGCAAGUCGUUUCGCCGAUCUUCUGGAUACGUUGUCAUCGAAUCUCAAGCCGCGAUUGGUGCGUAUCGCCGCUGAUGGUCGCGCAGGCCGCAGUCGCCGCCAGAGCAACCACAACCUGGAUCCAGCCAUGGCAAUGUCAGACCGGCGUCACGUCCAGCAAUCUCCACAGGCUGUGGCUGGCGCGAUGCCGAGCAACCAGCAAUGGAGUUACAACAGUACUAUGAUGCCGCCUUCCAACGACAUGAACAACAGCCCACUCUUUGGUAUUUCUGGGAUUUCCAACGACUAUCACGACCUCAUGGGUACCGACAACAGCUACUCCGUCAUGCCGCCACCAGGCUUCAGCCAAUCUUCACCCAAUACCCUGAACGGCGCAGGCGGAAGCUACGAUUCCUAUUCUGCAAACGGGACGUUCAGUGGUGAUUGGCUGGCUCUGCCACUCGAUCCUUUACUGAACAUGUCUGGAGCCGAUGUUGAUCAGACCAUGUAUGGACCACAGCUCGGAGGCCACGAUAUGCUCGAAUACCUGCUUGCCAACCCUGAAGCGAGCAAUGGAUUCAAUUAGCGCCGCUUCUCUGCCUUUGUGUCUGUCCUGUCCUGCGAGGAGACAUACAUUUAUGUUUGUUAACGGCGGCUUUAUGUGUUUGAUGACUUCUUACGACUAUGAAUGCAGCAUGGCUAUUGCCCGAUGUGCUGCUCCAUUUAAACGAGCACAGUAAGCGACUACAAUGUGUGUGGUUUCAGAGAGAGAGUGUGUGUGUGUUUCAUAGAUCCCUAUGUUUCAUCAUAUAGAAGCGAGAUUCUUCUUUCUUUUUUUGUUUUUGUUUGCCGCAAAACCACUAUGUGAGCGUUCUGUUCUGUUCUUGUCUUUUGACUCUUUGAGAUACCCC